AUGCCGCACAAAGAAGUAAAAUUCACGGCACAGGACGAUGAAGACGAAGUAGACCAGCUCACUCCACAAGCCAUUCGAGAAGCCUUCGAUGACAACGAAGAGCUCAAAAACUUGGGAGACUUCAUCAAGUUUGGCCGUUACACAAUAUUCAUCAUAAUAUUGUACGAACUGAUGCUACUACCUCAAAUGGCCAACAUGACCUUCAUGAUAUACGGUGGUUAUGCGCCAAAAGUAGUGCAAUGUGGUCAUCAUGACUAUCGUAAUUUGAGUACGGUGAAAAGUUGUGCUGCUUUUAAGGCUGAUACGGCGGCUAGUAAUUGUAGUCCAGUGCUGGAGACACAGUUCAAUUCAUUGGCUUAUGAGGUAGUGUUUUGUGUUUGUCUUUGUUAUUUUGCGAGAUAGGGGAAGGUUAUAGCAAGAGUAGGGCAACGGUAAAACAAGAGUAAGGUAAAGGCAUAUGUAAGGCAAUGCAAGAGUAUGGCAAGGGUAGUGUAGGGUACAACAGAGUCAAUUUGAAAAUAAAAUUCCAGUUCAACUACUACUGUGAUCGCAUAAUCGAUGUGAAACGAACCAUCAGUAUAAUGAUGCUAGGUGUUUUAUUCGGGGCAAUAAUCUUCGGCCAACUAUCUGAUUCCUUUGGCCGAAAGAAGAUGAUGAUCAUAACACAUUUGGGAAUGUUAACAUUAGAUCUGAUCGCCUCAAGAGCAACAUCUUUAGAGCAUUUUACGUUGAUCCAGUUCUUCACUAGCUUAUUUGUUGGAGGUCAUAACACGUAAGGCUUGCUGUACUAAAAAAUAACGGUCUUUACAAAAAUAGUAGUACUAUAUAGUAUGUUAAAGUCGAAACUAAUUCGCCAUUUUCGCUAUAAAAAAUCAUUUUUCAGUAUAAUGCACGUGUUCCUAUUAGAGAACAUACCCAAAAAGCAUCGAGUUUGGGUAUCUUGUAUGUUAUCCUACUCUCCCAACUACAUUAUCGUAGCCGGAAUCGCUUAUUUGGCUGAAGACUGGAGGAUGUUGAUUCGAAUUGCCGGCUUACUCAAUAUCCCGGCCUUCUUUUUGUUAUUGUAAGUAAAUUUUAACUGUCGUAAAAUAGUUUUUAAACCCCUGUGGGACCCAAAACCAUAAAAAAACGUAGAAAAACCGCAAGCCGGACUCUUUCACAAAAACUGAUAUGAAAAUGCCAUAAUCAUGGAAGUAGUAUAUUUUUAAGUUUGAUUCAAUGUUUUCUAGAUUCGCCUUCGAAUCACCCCGCUGGCUAAUCCAAAAAGCCUACUUGGACUCGGCCAGAACAACCUUAAUGAAGAUGGAGAAGAUAAAUGGCACCGCUACGCCCAUCAGGAUACGCAAUAUCGACCGGUUGAUUGAACAGGAAAUUAUCGUGAGUCAAUAUGUUUCGAAGAUAACCUUAAAACGUCAAAACGUUGAUGAAAAAUGGCAUUUUUAUCAAAAAAACCGUCUGAAAAUGACUUUUUGAAUAAAUGAAGCUAGUAUAAUAUUAUGUAAAAACUUCAAAUUACCUUUCAGCAAAACGAAACCAAAAAAUCCAGACGAAAGUACUACUUUUACCAUCUCUUUUACACCUGGAAGAUGUGCCUCUACACAGCGAUCAUCUCGUAUGCUCUCCUAGCAACAUCCAUAAUAUCAUAUGCCCUUAUCUUCAACAUGGAACACUUGAGUGGCUCCAUCUUUGUCUCAACCGCCUUCUUCGGAGCCUUCAGAUGGGCAGUGAAUCUCACUGUUGGAGCUAUCGACUACUUUGUUCCAAAAGCCGGCCGAAAACCGAUUCAUAAUGGAGCUUUGAGCUUCAUAUUAGCAAUGUUGGCCAUAGUUAUUGCAAUCAAAUCUAUUGGCAUUCAAUCCGUCAAUCUAACUAGAAUUACUACUAUGAGCGCAGCUGCCAUGUGCUCACAAUUAUUCAUGGUAAAUGCGAUCGUAACGAGCGAACUCUUCCCUACGGCCAUAAGGAACUUGGCCGUCAGUUUUGUCCAAAUUUCAAGCAGAUUAGGCGGAGUUAUAUCACCUCAUGUGUUUUAUUUGGUAGGUUAAUAUCUUUAGCAUCUAACCUAGCCAAUGAUUAAACAUACCUUUCUCAACAAUCUUCAAAAAGUUAAUUUAUCCUUAUAAUAUCCGCUAUAUCAAUAUAAAUUUGACACUUUCAAGCCAUCGUUUAUGAUAAACUUUCAAACCUUUAGGCAAAUAUCUGGGAACCCCUGCCCUUCGUGUUCAUGUUCACAAUCAUGGCCAUAAACGCGAUAAUGUUCGGUGUAUUCAUCCCAGAAACCAAAGGAUCAUCCAUGAUAGAUCAUAUGCCUGACAAGAGCAAACGGAUCUGGAAAUCAAGGAAACAAUCGCUGCAGGGCACAAAUAUUCAACCAAGUGUUGCCAAACUUACUGAAGAUGUUUGA